GAAACUCCCUUAGCUAAAGACCUCGCCACGCUGCUGAAUGGCCUAGACCUAAGACCUAAGCAGUGUUCUCCAAACAUCCAGCGCAGGUGCUGAUCUGAAUCUAUUUAACUAUUUACCAAUAAUAAAUAACAAUGCUGCCUGUAGUACUAGCGGCUGUGGUCCUUCUUGCGGCACUUGCGGGUCUUGCAUUCUUCACUAUCCGCACAAGUAUAAGUGCAAAGAAAGAGGAGGAUGAAGACGGCAAGCCAGCCCCCACGCGGAAUCAGGCUGGCGCCGCUGCUGCGCGGGCCGCAGCGCCUGCAGGCGGUCGGCAAGCGGCGAUGGAUCGUAUGCGGGCGGGCAUGCGGCAACGGCUAGCUCAGCGGCAGGGCGAGCCAGCCGUGGACCCUGCGGCUGAGGACUCCGAGGACGCGAGUGGCAGCGGCUCUGAUGAGGACCCCGACGCGCCGAUGGACCGGCGGGCAGCUCGCCGUGCGGCGCGGCGUGAGGCGGCGGCGGCGGACCGCGCCGCUGCCGACGCCAAGAUGAACAAGCGCAGUGCGUACGAGGAGCGCCGGGCCAAGCGGGAGGCGGAGCGCGAGGCGCAAGAGGCGGCGCAGGAGGAGGAGAUGCGGCGGGCGGCUGAGGAGCGGGCGCGGCGGGAGGAGGAGGAGGCGGCCAAGUGGAUGGGGCAGAUCAGUGUGGAGGAGCAGGGAGAGGACGGCGACGAGUCGGGUGCGGCGGCUGAGAGCCUGCUGGCGGCCUUUGUGGACUUCAUCAAGGGGCGUAAGACGGUGCCGCUGGAGGCGCUGGCGCUGCAGUUCGGGCUGCGCACCAGCGAGGCCAUCGACCGCAUCCGGCAGCUGGAGGAGGCGGGCCGCCUCACGGGCGUCAUGGACGAACGCGGCAAGUACAUCUACAUCAGUCGCGAGGAGAUGGGCGCCGUGGCCGACUACAUCCGGCAGCGCGGCCGCGUGGCCAUUGGCGAGCUGGCGGCGCGCUCCGCCACACUCAUAGACCUGGAGCCGCGGCCCGAGGACGGCGGCGCGGCGGCGGCGGCGGCUGGCGGGCGCGGCGCGGCGGGGGGCGGCCUGGACUUUGAGCAGCUGCUGGCGGCGGCGUAGCGGGUGUUCGGGGAAUUGCAUUCAUAAUUAGUUAAGGAAGUGGUAGACGGUUGACAGUCUGGGGGGGUGGGGGAUGGGGAUGACCUCGACGGCGCGGUUGCAGCUGCCGUGGGGAUGGCGGGUGGUAGGUGGUGGUAGGUGGUGGUGGCACGGAGGAGGUUGCGGAGCGAAGUGGUGGAGGACGUGGUGGAAUGGAAGGGUGGGAAGGCUAGCGGGGCAUUGGCGUGGCGGGGCGUGGCGUGAACGUUUCGGGCUGACGGCUGGCAGUGUGAUGCAGGUUUUACGGGUUUACGGGUACAUCGCGCCGGGUGGCAGCUACGCACACUGCAUCUUUUGGAAAGCCCCGCCCUUGCAUUGGCAGCUGCCAAGGCGGUCCGGCCAUGCGGCGUUGGGCAGCAAGUUGGGCGGUUGUGGCUACUGUUGGGUAGGUGGGUGUGCGUCUGUACGAGCGCGCAAGUGAACGCCGCAGAGACGCCUGGAAGGAACGGCAUGCGAGGCUGCAGGAUGCUGCCACUUUCAGACCCUGUUACACAUCGCGA